AUGUUCUCACAGAUAAUAAGCACCAGUGAUAUUUUUACUUUUACAAUAAUAUUAUUUGUGGAAUUAGUAAUAGGAAUUUUAGGAAAUGGAUUCAUAGCACUAGUGAAUAUCAUGGACUGGACCAAGAGAAGAAGCAUUUCAUCAGCGGAUCAGAUUCUCACUGCUUUGGCCAUUACCAGAUUUCUCUAUGUGUGGUUUAUGAUCAUUUGUAUAUUGUUAUUCAUGCUGUGCCCACAUUUGCUUACAAGAUCAGAAAUAGUAACAUCAAUUGGUAUUAUUUGGAUAGUGAAUAACCAUUUCAGCGUUUGGCUUGCCACAUGCCUCGGUGUCUUUUAUUUUCUGAAGAUAGCCAAUUUUUCUAACUCUUUGUUUCUUUACCUAAAGUGGAGAGUUAAAAAAGUAGUUUUAAUGAUAAUACAGGUAUCAAUGAUUUUCUUGAUUUUAAACCUGUUAUCUCUAAGCAUGUAUGAUCAGUUCUCAAUUGAUGUUUAUGAAGGAAAUACAUCUUAUAAUUUAGGGGAUUCAACCCCAUUUCCCACAAUUUCCUUAUUCAUCAAUUCAUCAAAAGUUUUCGUAAUCACCAACUCAUCCCAUAUUUUCUUACCCAUCAACUCCCUGUUCAUGCUCAUACCCUUCACAGUGUCCCUGGUAGCCUUUCUCAUGCUCAUCUUCUCACUGUGGAAGCAUCACAAAAAGAUGCAGGUCAAUGCCAAACCACCUAGAGAUGCCAGCACCAUGGCCCACAUUAAAGCCUUGCAAACAGGGUUCUCCUUCCUGCUGCUGUAUGCAGUAUACUUACUUUUUAUUGUCAUAGGAAUGUUGAGCCUUAGGUUGAUAGGAGGAAAAUUAAUACUUUUAUUUGACCACAUUUCUGGAAUAGGUUUUCCUAUAAGCCACUCAUUUGUGCUGAUUCUGGGAAAUAACAAGCUGAGACAAGCCAGUCUUUCAGUGUUGCAUUGUCUGAGGUGCCGAUCCAAAGAUAUGGACACCAUGGGUCCAUAA